AAGAAUCGUGAUGCUCCUGAUCGCCUUCGCUAUUUUCGCCGUGGCGUCUGCCCGCAUCAUCCCGCCUUCGGUGGUGGCCAGCACCAACCCCGAGGUGCAGGAAAUCCUUAACUCCAUCCAGAGCUCGAGCACCGACCCCGCCACCGCCGCAGCACUCGAACAGCUGCUCCUCGAAGUACUCGGCAUCGCAAAGCCUGAACCAAUCCAAGUUGGACCUGCUAUUGUCGAUGAAUACGAGCCCAUCCACGUUGGACCCGCUAUCGUUGAUGAGUACGAGCCCAUCCACGUUGGACCCGCUAUCGUUCCCUUCCCCAUUCCCGAUGGUGGUGCUGUGACUGAGGUGGAAGCCGCCCCCGUGGUGCCCGCUCCCUCUGCCAGUGCUCCUCUGGUCCAGAUCAUCCUGAACGUCAACGCUGCCGCCAACGUUCCCGGCUCACCUGUCGUCGUGGAGACCAACCCCGCUGCGCCCACCCCCGUUCAAGUCGUCGAGGAGGCUGAGGUCCCCGAACCCGUCAUCGUAGUUGACCAACCUGCCGUCGCUGAGCCCGUCAUUGUUUUGCCCGACAUCCUUAACUAAAUCCAGAGCUGCUUCCUGUGAAUAACUACUUUUUAACAGUAUUUGUCAUCAAUAAGCCAUCAAUGCAAUAAAUACAUAACUAAAAUUUAUAUUU